UCCGCCCAGUUCGGUGCCAGCUGCGUGGGCUCCAGCUUCGUGCGUCUCCCUCGGAAUGCUCCAAAACUCGGCCGCGACUAAGGAAAUCCCAUCGGAAUUUGCGAGGCGUGCUCUCACCCGGUAUAGCGCCCGCGCCGCUGCUCCCUGGAUCCGAACACUUCCUCUAGAAGACAGCAACUUUGCAGAGACAAGGAAAUAGCAUGGCAUGAAACAUGGCUCAGUUCUAUUACAAAAGAAAUGUUAAUGCCCCCUACAGAGAUCGCAUCCCUCUAAGGAUAGUGCGGGCAGAAUCGGAACUUUCACCAUCAGAAAAAGCCUACCUGAACGCUGUGGAAAAAGGAGAUUAUGCAAGUGUCAAGAAAUCCCUAGAGGAAGCCGAAAUUUAUUUUAAAAUCAAUAUUAAUUGCAUCGAUCCUCUUGGAAGAACUGCUCUCCUCAUCGCAAUUGAAAAUGAGAACUUGGAGCUCAUUGAAUUGCUCUUAAGUUUUAAUGUGUACGUCGGAGAUGCUCUAUUACAUGCUAUCAGAAAAGAAGUCGUGGGAGCUGUUGAGCUGUUAUUGAACCACAAAAAGCCAAGUGGAGAAAAACAGGUGCCUCCCAUACUCCUGGAUAAGCAGUUCUCUGAAUUUACUCCAGAUAUAACACCAAUCAUUUUGGCAGCCCAUACAAAUAAUUAUGAGAUAAUAAAACUUUUGGUUCAGAAAGGAGUCUCAGUCCCCCGACCCCAUGAGGUCCGCUGUAACUGUGUUGAAUGUGUCUCCAGUUCAGACGUGGACAGCCUCCGUCAUUCCCGCUCCAGACUCAACAUCUACAAGGCCUUGGCCAGUCCCUCUCUCAUCGCAUUGUCAAGUGAAGAUCCUUUUCUUACAGCCUUUCAGCUAAGCUGGGAGCUCCAGGAACUGAGCAAGGUGGAAAAUGAAUUCAAGUCAGAGUAUGAGGAGCUGUCACGACAAUGCAAACAAUUUGCUAAAGACCUACUGGAUCAGACAAGAAGUUCUAGAGAACUGGAAAUCAUUCUUAAUUACCGAGAUGACAAUAGUUUGAUAGAAGAACAGAGUGGAAAUGAUCUUGCAAGACUAAAAUUGGCCAUUAAGUACCGUCAAAAAGAGUUUGUGGCCCAGCCCAACUGUCAACAGCUGCUGGCAUCGCGCUGGUACGAUGAGUUUCCAGGCUGGAGGAGAAGACACUGGGCGGUGAAGAUGGUGACAUGUUUCAUAAUAGGACUGCUUUUUCCUGUCUUCUCUGUGUGCUACCUGAUAGCUCCCAAAAGCCCCCUUGGACUGUUCAUCAGAAAGCCAUUUAUCAAGUUUAUCUGCCACACAGCAUCCUAUCUGACUUUUUUGUUCCUGCUGCUGCUUGCCUCUCAGCACAUCGACAGGUCAGACUUGAACAGGCAAGGUCCACCACCAACCAUCGUCGAGUGGAUGAUAUUACCAUGGGUCCUGGGUUUUAUAUGGGGAGAAAUUAAACAGAUGUGGGAUGGUGGACUUCAAGAUUACAUCCAUGACUGGUGGAAUCUCAUGGAUUUUGUGAUGAACUCUCUAUAUUUGGCAACAAUCUCCUUGAAAAUUGUUGCAUUUGUAAAGUACAGUGCUCUUAAUCCACGAGAAUCUUGGGACAUGUGGCACCCCACCCUGGUGGCUGAGGCUUUAUUUGCUAUUGCAAACAUCUUCAGUUCCCUGCGUCUGAUCUCACUGUUUACUGCCAAUUCCCACCUGGGACCUCUACAAAUAUCUCUGGGAAGAAUGCUCCUGGACAUUUUAAAGUUUCUGUUUAUAUACUGCCUUGUGUUGCUAGCAUUUGCCAAUGGCCUAAACCAAUUAUACUUCUAUUACGAAGAAACAAAAGGGUUAAGCUGCAAAGGCAUACGAUGCGAAAAGCAGAAUAAUGCAUUUUCAACAUUAUUUGAGACACUCCAGUCCCUGUUUUGGUCCAUAUUUGGGCUCAUCAAUUUGUAUGUGACCAAUGUCAAAGCACAGCAUGAAUUCACUGAGUUUGUUGGUGCCACCAUGUUUGGGACAUACAAUGUCAUCUCUCUGGUUGUCCUACUCAACAUGCUGAUAGCUAUGAUGAACAAUUCUUACCAACUUAUUGCUGAUCAUGCAGAUAUAGAAUGGAAAUUUGCUCGAACAAAGCUUUGGAUGAGUUAUUUUGAAGAAGGAGGUACUCUGCCUACUCCCUUCAAUGUCAUCCCAAGCCCCAAGUCACUAUGGUACCUAAUCAAAUGGAUAUGGACACAUUUGUGCAAGAAAAAGAUGAGAAGAAAGCCAGAAAGUUUUGGAACAAUAGGGAGGCGAGCUGCUGAUAAUUUGAGAAGACAUCACCAAUACCAAGAAGUUAUGAGGAACCUGGUGAAGCGAUAUGUCGCCGCAAUGAUUAGAGAUGCUAAAACAGAAGAAGGCCUGACUGAAGAGAACUUUAAGGAACUAAAGCAAGACAUUUCUAGUUUCCGCUUUGAAGUCCUGGGAUUACUAAAAGGAAGCAAACUUUCUACAAUCCAGUCUGGUAACACUUCCAAGGACUCUUCUAAUUCAGCAGACUCCGAUGAAAAGAGUGACAACGAAGGAGGUAGCAAAGACAAGAAGAAGAAUUUCAGUCUUUUUGACUUAACCACUCUUAUUCACCCACGAUCGGCAGCCAUCGCCUCUGAACGACACAACAUAAGCAAUGGCUCCGCUCUCGUGGUGCAGGAGCCACCCAGGGAAAAGCAGAGAAAAGUGAAUUUUGUGACCGACAUCAAAAACUUUGGGUUAUUUCACAGACGUUCAAAACAGAGCGCUGCGGAGCAAAGUGCAAACCAAAUCUUCUCUGUGUCAGAAGAAGUUUCUCGUCAACAGGCUGCAGGACCCCCCGAGAGAAAUAUUCAACUGGAAACUCGAGGAUUAGCGUCCCGAGGUGACGCGAGCAUUCCCGGUCUCAGCGAACAGUGUGUGCUAGUGGACCAUAGAGAAAGGAAUACGGACACGCUGGGCGUCCAGGUCGGCAAGCGAGUGUGUUCCUUCAAGUCCGAGAAGGUGGUGGUGGAAGACACUGUUCCUAUAAUACCAAAGGAAAAACAUGCGAAGGAGGAGGACUCCGGUACAGACUACGAUUUAAGCCUCACAGACUCAGCCACUCAUGAAGAUUAUGUGACAACGAGGUUGUGAUACUUGAAAGAGGAAGAGCUUACCGUACAUAUACAAAUUUCCCUUAAUGUUCUGGGUGGGAGGGAAGUGUUUAAAAUUAAAUUAGCAAGUGUUAACUUACACUUUCUAGCAUUUAUCAACGGUGGCAUAUUCACUUGUAACAUGUUUAAGGCAAAGGCUAGCAAAAACCCUCCUGUUUUGUAGCCUGCUUUUGCUUUCACAAUUUGUUUUAGAGGUUUUUCUGUUGUUGUUGUUGUUAAUAAAUAAAUGCACCUUGUAUUCUUGUACUGUUGCAAUAGC